GGUGGAUGAAAGAAAAGAAGGAAUUACAGCUUCAGGGCUGGGGGAGAACUCCGGUUCUCCUCUGGCCCCGUUUUUAAACUCCCACCCUGUCACUCGUCUCACCUCCUUGAAGUGACAUCAUGAAGGUAGUGAACCUGAAGCAGGCCAUUUUGCAAGCCUGGAAAGAGCGAUGGAGUGACUACCAAUGGGCAAUCAACAUGAAAAAAUUCUUUCCCAAAGGAGCCACCUGGGACAUUCUCAACCUAGCAGAAGCGCUCCUGGAGCAGGCCAUGAUUGGACCUUCCCCCAAUCCUCUUAUCCUGUCUUACCUGAAGUACGCCAUUAGUUCCCAGAUGGUGUCCUGUUCCUCUGUGCUCACUGCAAUCAGUAAGUUUGAUGACUUUUCCCGGGACCUGUGUGUCCAGGCUCUGCUGGACAUCAUGGAGAUGUUUUGUGACCGACUCAGUUGCCACGGCAAAGCAGAGGAAUGUAUCGGGCUGUGCCGAGCACUCCUUAGCGCCCUCCACUGGCUGCUGCGAUGUACAGCAGCUUCUGCAGAGCGACUCCAGGAAGGACUGGAGGCUGGCACGGCCCCUGGGGAGAAGCAGCUUGCCUUGUGCCUACAAUGCCUGGAGAAGACCCUCAGCAGCACCAAGAACCGAGCCCUGCUGCACAUUGCCAAGCUAGAGGAGGCCUCCUCCUGGACUGCCAUUGAGCACUCACUUUUAAAACUUGGGGAGAUCCUGGCCAAUCUCAGCAACCCCCAGCUCCGGAGCCAGGCGGAGCGUUGCGGCACACUCAUCAGGAGCAUCCCUACCAUGCUGUCUGUGCACUCAGAGCAGCUGCACAAGACCGGCUUCCCCACCGUCCACGCGCUCAUCUUGCUCGAGGGCACCAUGAACCUGACAGGGGAGAUGCAGCCCCUGGUGGAGCAGCUGAUGAUGGUGAAGCGCAUGCAGCAUAUCCCCACACCUCUCUUUGUCCUGGAAAUCUGGAAAGCUUGCUUUGUGGGACUCAUUGAAUCCCCUGAGGGUACACAGGAGCUGAAGUGGACAGCUUUCACCUAUCUCAAGAUUCCACAGGUUUUGGUGAAGUUGAAGAAGUAUUUUCAUGGGGACAAGGACUUCACUGAGGAUGUCAACUGUGCCUUUGAGUUCCUGCUGAAGCUCACACCCUUGUUGGACAAAGCUGACCAGCGCUGCAAUUGUGACUGCACGAACUUCCUCCUCCAGGAGUGCAACAAGCAGGGGCUUCUGUCUGAGGUCAACUUCGCCAGCCUUGUGGGCAAGCGCACUGCAGAUCGGGACCCUCAGCUAAAAUCGUCAGAAAAUGCUAAUAUCCAGCCUAAUCCUGGACUGAUCCUGCGUGCAGAGCCCACUGUCACAAACAUUCUCAAGACAAUGGAUGCAGAUCACUCCAAGUCCCCAGAGGGACUGCUCGGGGUCCUGGGACACAUGCUUUCUGGGAAGAGCCUGGACUUGCUGCUGGCUGCCGCUGCUGCCACUGGGAAGCUUAAAUCCUUUGCCCGGAAAUUCAUCAACCUGAAUGAGUUCACUACCCACGGCAGCGGAGAGAGCACGAAAACAGCCUCGGUCCGUGCCUUGCUCUUUGACAUUUCCUUCCUCAUGUUAUGCCACGUGGCCCAGACCUAUGGCUCAGAGGUGAUUCUCUCCGAGUCAAGUUCAGGAGAAGAAGUCCCCUUCUUCGAGACUUGGAUGCAGACCUGCAUGCCUGAGGAGGGCAAGAUUUUGAACCCUGACCACCCCUGCUUCCGGCCUGACUCCACCAAAGUCGAGUCCUUGGUGGCCUUACUCAACAACUCUUCAGAGAUGAAGCUAGUACAGAUGAAGUGGCAUGAAGCCUGCCUGAGUAUUUCAGCAGCCAUUUUGGAAAUCCUCAACGCCUGGGAGAAUGGGGUUCUGGCCUUCGAGUCCAUCCAGAAAAUCACCGAUAAUAUCAAGGGAAAGGUAUGCAGUCUGGCAGUGUGUGCUGUGGCUUGGCUUGUGGCCCACGUCCGGAUGCUGGGGCUGGACGAGCGUGAGAAGUCACUGCAGAUGAUCCGCCAGUUGGCAGGGCCGCUGUACAGUGAGAACACCCUGCAGUUCUACAACGAGAGGGUGGUGAUUAUGAACUCAAUCUUGGAACAUAUGUGUGCGGACGUGCUACAGCAGACAGCCACGCAGAUCAAGUUUCCGUCCACGGGUGUGGACACGAUGCCCUACUGGAACCUGCUUCCUCCCAAGCGCCCCAUCAAGGAGGUACUGACAGACAUCUUUGCCAAGGUACUGGAGAAGGGCUGGGUAGACAGCCGCUCCAUCCACAUCCUUGACACCCUGCUGCACAUGGGCGGCGUCUACUGGUUCUGCAACAACCUGAUUAAGGAGCUGCUGAAGGAGACUCGCAAGGAACACACGCUAAGGGCAGUGCAGCUGCUCUACUCCAUCUUCUGUCUGGACAUGCAGCAGAUGACCCUGGUUCUGCUGGGCCACAUCCUGCCUGGGCUGCUUACUGACUCCUCCAAGUGGCACAGCCUUAUGGACCCUCCUGGCACCGCACUAGCCAAACUAGCUGUGUGGUGUGCCCUGAGUUCUUACUCUUCCCACAAGGGACAGGCAUCCUCCCGCCAGAAGAAGAGACACAGAGAAGACAUUGAGGACUAUAUCAGCCUCUUCCCUGUGGAGGACAUGCAGCCUUCAAAGCUUAUGCGACUCCUGAGCUCCAAUGAGGAUGACGCCAACAUCCUGUCAAGUCCCACUGACCGCUCCAUGAACACCUCCCUCUCAGCUUCCCAGCUCCACACAGUCAACAUGAGGGACCCUCUGAACCGAGUCCUGGCCAACCUGUUCCUGCUCAUUUCCUCCGUCCUGGGCUCGCGCACCGCCGGCCCCCACACCCAGUUUGUGCAGUGGUUCAUGGAGGAGUGUGUGGACUGCCUGGAGCAGGACAGCAGGGGCAGCAUUCUGCAGUUCAUGCCUUUCACCACCGUAUCGGAACUGGUGAAGGUGUCUGGUAUGUCCAGCCCCAAGGUGGUUCUGGCCAUCACGGACCUCAGCCUGCCCCUGGGUCGGCAGAUAGCUGCCAAAGCCAUCGCUGCACUCUGAGGAGCUCGGAGUGGCUUGCAGUGGGUUCAACCCCUGCAUCCAAGCAGGGAGCUGGGAGAGUGAGCCCUUCCCCACUCCUGCUCUGACUUACCAUGGCCCUACUCAUCUCCCAGUUGCUUUUGUAAUUUCUGUCCUUGUCCCUUUGGUUGCCCCAAUUCUAGCAGUGCUGUACUUCAAGGAAGGACUGUACAGGGCCACCAUGUAUAUAUAAGUUUAUUUUUAUAACCCAUGAAUGGGGAACCCUUGGAUCCUCUGUAAAUAAAGAUCCUUGUGGCUAUCAA